GCGUACGAUUGUGCGUAUAAGUAAAAGUGCACGUCUCGUUACACAAUGCAUUCGAGUUGUGGUGCCCUAGCAGACUGUUAGGGAGCCAACAAGUUCUAACAGGCCAAUGCUAGAAAAUUGUAUCAGUCGGAGUUCGGUCGGUACAACUGGUGGUACACACCCGCGUAUACUUCUCCUCGCGACAGUUUACGCUGACACCGCGCGGCUCUUGUCCUGAUUCGAUUAUAUUGUUACCGUUCGUUCCGCGUGUGAUUGAAGCGGUGCGAUUGAAGCUUCGAUUUACCGUAUUUUAGCCUUUAGCCUUGCAACAUGAGACAUAUGUUCUUCGCGGCGGUCCUGUCGCUACUGUAUGUCAGGACGAGAACGGAAACGUUGGAAACUGUGGCGCAAUGGCCGUUGCUGGAGUUCGCGCUGCCGAACGAACGUGGUUUUGAGUAUCAACCGGAAAACAUAGUGAUGACCGGUAUCGAGAUAACCUGGAACAGAAUCUUCGUCAGCACGCCCAGAUUACGCGCCGGAGUGCCGGCCACUUUGAGCUUCUUCCCCAGGAAGGUACCGUUGGGAAGCAGUCCGCUGCUUCAGGCGUAUCCCUCGUGGGACUGGCACGGUGCUGGAAAAGGAGAAAUCAAUUGCACCAAGUUGAUCUCGGUGUAUCGUACCAGGCUUGACAGAUGUGACCGUUUGUGGGUCGUCGACGCCGGUGUAAUGACGUCGAUUGACGACUUCAUGCCCGUUUGCCCGCCGAAAAUUGUGGUCUUCGACUUGAAAACCGAUCAGGUGGUCCGUCACGUCACUUUUCCGCGCGAGGUGCUGAGACCGGAUUCUUUGCUGACCAAUAUUGUUAUCGACGAAGUCUCAGCGAAAUCCUGUGAUGAUGUGUUCCUCUACAUGACUGACACUCUCGGUCCAGGAAUUCUCAUCUUCGACGGUGCUAGAGAUAGAAGUUGGCGAGUCGUUCAUCGAACCAUGUUUCCUAAUCCAGAUGAAGCAAUGUACAAAAUUGGAAGCGAUACUUUCGAGUUCUUGGACGGCAUAGUGGGUAUAGCAUUUUCACCAAAAACCGGAACCAUUUAUUAUCAACCUCUGGCAACUCUGAGUCUCUUCAGCGUGCCUACCUCGGCUCUCCAAGUCGGACCGCUACCUUUCGGUGAACAGUUACCUGUGACCUUGGUUGGCAAAAAGUCGAGUCAAGGUCUAGCGUUGGCCGUGGAUCCUCGGGAUGAUUCGAUCUUAUUCUCCCCGUUUACCGAGACCGCGAUUGCGUCAUGGCAGCCGCAAACGAAUCAGCAAAGGAUACUCGCUUAUAACCCAGAAAAAUUACAAUUUAUUGCUGAGAUUUUACCAGCGAAAUAUGACAACGGCAAUUUCUGGAUAAUGUCAUCAAGAUUCCACAAGUUCUUCCUGAAACAAAUUGAUAAUCAUCAGAUCAACAUCCGCAUCAUGAGAAUCAAAGUAAAUAAUCAAGAACUGACGUCUUUUAAUCACCAGAUUGACCCGUAUUAUUCGUUAAAUUUCUACAAUAAUACUUUAGGGUUCUAAAAAAAAUGUUAACGUAGAAAAGUAGUAGAUUGAAAGAAUUAUAACAACAAGCAAUAUUGAUGCUUGUAGAAAAUUAUAAUUUAUGGUAGAACAUAAUUUUUGAAACACAUCUUGUGAUAAAUAUGUAGCAGAAAAAAAUCAAGAAAACAGAAAAUGCAAAAUUUUUUGUUUAGCAUGAAAUUUUUACAAUUAUAUUUUAUCAUAAAAAGAUAACUUUUACACUUAUUUACAAAAUGUACUUUUAGUUAUAAUGUUCUGAGUUUUAGAAAACAGUGUAAAAACAUUUAAAUCUUGUUAACUGUAGCAACAAUAUAUUAGUGUCAUAGUUACAAUCAUAGACAUUUUAAGAUAUUUUAAUUUGUUAAUUGUAAAAAACAAUUCUUUUGAGAAGUUUAUAUUUCUAAUAUUGUAAAAAAAUUAGAAAAUAAAAUAUUAUUUU